GCAACAGCAUCAAUAGUUCGAACAACAGCACCAACAGCUUCUUCAGUAGCCAGCCCUCCUCAAGCAAGUGCCAUCACAAAAGCGAUGCUGAAAAAACCUCCUCAGUUAGAACAUGUCGAGCGGACAUCACAAAACUCUGCUGAACGAAGAACUCCUUCGCCCGAUGUUGCUUCCGAAGGCGCGUUGAAAAAAUCGAACAAUAAGAGCAAUAAGUUUCGCAAAGAUUUACCGCCAACCGAAUGGCCAAUACAUGUGGAAAUUUCGAAAAGCGAAGGACCAGAAAUCGAGGCACUGAAUGAUAAGCUCAAUCAGUUGAUCGAACGGAUCACCGAAUCUGCUGAUCUGAGUGCUGGCGAAGAAAUUUUGCUAGUUAGUAAUACAUUGUCGAAACUGUAUUUACAAAUUGUACCAAGAGAUAUCAGCUAUACAUAUACGAUGAAUCUGGAACAGCAUCUCUGGAAACAGUGCUUCCACACAUCCAUUGAGGCGCUUCGAGCUGCAAGCAAUUCCGUCGAUGAUGCAUCACGUGUUUUUCGCUCAAGCUUAAUUAAACUUAUUCAUCAGGGUUUGGAUUUUUAUGCACGCCUGUUUAACAAAUAUGAGAUGGUAUUUGAAUUUCUCAUCGAAGAUUAUUUGUACUGGCAAACGGGUCUACCGGCGGACGAUUUUUUGGGAUGCGUUCUUGUUGAUUCGGGAGCACAUGAAGCAGCUGACCCUGUAAUCAAAGUUGCGCUCUUAUCACUGCAAAGGAUGGCAGUUUCGGUUGGCGAUUUGCAGCGUUACAAUGCGAUUGUCACGGGAAUUAAGAAUUAUUCAAAUGCAUGGUUGUAA